UCUUGCUCAGGUCUCAUAGCAGCUUAGCAAAGGCAGACACAGGUCACACUUACUUGCUCCUAAAUCCUAGUACUGACAAAUCGCUUGAAAUCAAAAUGGCUUCUACUGGAAAGAUGUUUGGUCUAUUUUGUCUUCUGUUUGUUUCCUGUAUUGUGGCCGAGGCAAGGCGAGGGAUAAACGUACCACAGAAGCAGGUCGUGGGUGCCACUACCCCAACAACCCAGAUGAUCACAACCACUGCUGAUGACGACAGUGUGAGCUCCGAAUCUUCCGAAUCAUCCGAGUACGACAUGGACAACGAUGCGGACGAGGACGUUGCCGCCGCGGCUGCCGGUAACAACGCUGCGGCUACCGGUAAUAACGCCGCGGCUGUACCUGCUGGUGCACCGGUCUCGGUCGGCAGUGGAAACCAAGUAGCUGGGAAUAUGCUCCCCAACACCAGAGCUCGGGGGAACAAUGGCGUAUUCGGCAGGGAGUCAGCAGCUUCAGGACAGACCGUUGCAAUCGCUCUUGCCGCGGUUGGAGUAGUAGUUGUCGUCAUCGCAGGCGCUGUCUUCGCCAUAAGAAAGCACCGAAGAGAUAAUUUUGCCUAAUUGUAUGUCAUAGCCUAAUCUUAUGCCACAGUUACAGCGGCGAAACGGACUCCCUGCAGACAAAAGCAGUUACGUUGUUUCCAACUGCACAACAUCGGUCGGCUUGGAGUCAGUUUCAUCGGUGUAACUGUCAUACUCAUGAAAAAUCCUCUUGAAACAAAUAUUAGAAAAAAGAAAAGAAAAAAAGAAAAAAGUGAAGAACUUUUAAAAAAAUAAUAAUUCUAAGAUUGAUUUACUUUGUCAAAUGCAAAUACAAUUAUUUCAAAUAAAAAUGUCAGCUGUAAUUUAAAUCAAUGUAAUAUUUAUAUUGCGAUGAUGACUUUCCUAUAACUUGAUGUUCCAUGGUUUUACCAUUUUGCUGCAAAUGCUCUAAGAAAUGACAAUUAUUAAAAUGAUCAAG